AUGGUCUCGAGCAAGGACAAGCGCACGUCGGCCACCCGUCGCACCCUCCCCCUCGCCUCGGCCGCGUUCAACUCGCGCGUCUCUCCACCUCCCCCUCCUUCAACCACCUCGGCAAAGCCCCUCCCGCGUUCCGCCUCGACGCCGAGUGGCCAUGGCCGCACCCGCUCCUUCCUCACGGGCCUCCUCGAGCGCUCGGCCAGCUCCAAACGCCUCAGCGAGCCGCCGUCGCGCCGCCAGCCCGCGUCGACCAAGGUCGGCAACUCGCCGAUGACCGCGCCCGUCGCCACCACGUCGAGCGACACCCGCCCGAGGGCUCCUGCCGCACACAAGAAGCGGCUGAGCGCACCCGUCGACUUCAAGGGCAAGGCGAGCGUGUCGCUGCCGCUCAACCUCUCUCCACACCUGUCCCCCGUCGUGGCAAAAUCCCACCACUCGCCUGCAUCGCGCUCGUCGCGCUCGUCGCCCUACCUCACCUCGAAGCCGCUCCCGCUCGACGGCGACGAGAAGAUGCGGCUCGCGGCGUGGGACUUUGGCGGCCCCGUGUCGUCCUCGCCCCAGGAGCUCGACAAGGGCAAGUCGAGGGCCUUCGACGACGUCGAGGACGAGUUCUCGGACGGCGAGCGGGCGGCAACGGCGAUGCCGCCGUCGUGGACCGGCAUGGCCUCGUACGGCGAGGAGACGCUCGCCGACUUCGAUGGCACGCGCUCCCAGUCGAUGCCCGUUCUCGCCAGUACCUCGCGCCUGUCGGUCGCCUCGGACACGUCGUCGACGAUCGCCUGGGCCGGUCCCUCCCUCACCUCCCCACCCCUCGUCCGCCCUUCCCUCGUCGGCGCCGACACCUUCGCCUCGCGCUACUCGAUCCCCUACCACCUGUCGCCGAUCCUCGAGUCGGACAGCACGUCCGACGGUCACCUCGGGCCCGUCCAGACCUCGACCGACCACCUGUCGACGCGUGCGCACGAGCCCACGACGACGGCGCGCCCCGUCCUGUACAUCGACCCGCCACGCCGCCCGACGCGCAUGCACUCGGACAUGUCGAUGUCGGUCUACUCGCGGCAGUCGAUCAGCAUGCCCGGGCGCGAGCACGACGGCGGCGGCGGCGGCGCCCUCGACUGGGGCGAGGAGCUCCUGUCGUACUUCUCGCCCGACACGCCCGAGGCGCACUCGCGCCCCGAGCUCGAGCUCGAGGGCCUCGCGAUCCGCGGCGCGUCGGCGAUGCCGCACACGACGCCCAUGUCGCUCGAGGGCGAGGUCAUCUUUGACCCGCUCCCGGCGCCGUCGGUCCCGUCCCAAAUCGUCCUCUCGGCGCGCCCGUCCUUCUCGGCGUUCGCCUUUCCCUCGUCGUCGUCCCUCGCGACAACGUCGUCGGCGUCGUCGUCGGAGCAGCCGUCGCACGUCGCGUCGCCGCUGUUCGACGAGGUCCGAGCGUCGGCGGCCCCGUCGACGUUCACGGUCGCGACGUCCGUCUUUGACGACGCGGCAGGGGAUGGGCAGGACGGCGCGUCGACGACGGAGAAGGACGUGCAGGGCGCCGAUGGCGGAGUGUGGCGAGCCGACUGGGGCUGGGAGAUGUACCGCCGCUCGCCCGAGCCGGUCGUCGCCGACGGCGACUCGACGCCUGCGUCGCCAAAGGGUCGCACGCCGUCCCUGUCGCCGCCGACGUUCGCAAUCAACCUCGCAGCCGCACGCUCGGCCUCGCCGGGCGCCGUCUCGCCCGUCCUUCUUCCUCUCGCCGCUCGCGCCCUGCGCAAGCGCGAGAAGUCGCUCCCGUCGAUCCCGGACAACGCGUCGAUGUGGUCGGGCACGACCGGCGUGCCCGUCCCGAGCGGCGAGACGAUGCACGUCGAGGUGUUCUGUACGCGCGAACUCGUUCGGCGCGGCAAGUACGGCGAGAGGCGGGUCCUCGUCGAGCGCACUCUCUUGUUCACCGAGGACGCUUAAGCGGGCGUUCCUCGUUUCUCUCUUCCCUUUCCUUUGAGUACCCCCUCUCUGUGCCGCAGGCCUUUCGGUGAAACUCGAAACGCGCAUCUCUAUGUU